AUGGAUCCGUACAAUAACAAGGCUUUAGUGAAAGCACCCUCUUUUAACUCUGCACCAGAUUUCAAAGCAACGAUACCCAUUCCCUCUUUCUCUAGUGCGCCCGACUUUACAACAGAUAAAGACAAAGAUGAAAGAAAGACUCGACGUGAGAGAUCACCUAGUCAUAAAUCAAGUCGUAGAGAGCGAUCCCGUUCACCUACUCAUAAAAGACGAUCCCGUUCGCCCAACCGCAGAAAGAGAUCUCGUUCACCCAGUAGUCGUUAUGAACGCUCUUCUCGUCGAUCACGAUCACCUCGUCAUCGCCGCCAUCGCUCCCGGGAACGAUCCUCUCGACAUGAGAGGUCCUCUCGUUCGAAAAGAACACCUUCUCCCGAAAUAGUCCAUACUGGUACUUUGAGCACGGGAGUGACGUUUGUAAUGGAUAGAAGAGGAGAUAAAGACAAUUUAAAAUAUGGUGGCAAUCAUAGUUAUGAUGUGCCUAUUUACAAAAGAUCAGGAGGCGGAAGGGUUUUGGGAUUACCAUCUAACCAACGAAUUGAUAAGUCUGUUGUUAAAUCUGGAACGGUAACAAUUACAGAUGGGGGAUCCGGAAGGAAAAAACAACGUUAUACAGAUUCGAAUUAUGCGUGGAAGGAAUUGGACACAUCUUUGAAAAGAAUUCGCAUCAAACCCAAAAAGCACAGUACCGAUACAGAUCCUUUUGCAACCCAUUCGGGAUUUAUCCAAUUUGAUGAUACCACCUCUAAAGCUCAGGCCAACGAUGCCGAAUCAUUUAUCACCAGCAAUGUAGAUUAUCGAUCACUGGAAGGAAAUAGAGUGAAAAAGAUAGAUCAUGAAGAAUACGAAGAAUCUGAAGAAGAGGGAGAAAGUUUUAACGAUCAAAUUAGACAGCGUACAAUCGAAUUUAAUAGAAGACUGGACAAAGAGCCUAGAAAUCCACAGCUUUGGUUAGAUUUUAUUCGAUUCCAAGAUGAAGCAGCAGCAGGACUGGACCCUACUUCUUCCAAAGCCAAUAAGACGAGUUUAAACGAGGUCAAAUUGAGCAUUUUCGAAAAGGCACUCGAGAACAUACCUUACGAUCAAGAUUUAAUACUUGCUUAUUUAAACUGUGGUGCUGAAACCUGGGAGACUCUUAAAUUGUUAAGAGAGUGGGACAAGAUGUUAAAGCAGAAUCCGGAUUCCAUUAAGCUUUGGUCUGAAUAUAUCAACUUACGACAAACCAACUUUGCCAGUUUUUCCUUUACACAGUGUGUACAGGUAUUUGAGGAUGCUUUAGCAACUUUAGGUAGACAUGCAACGCGCCAUCCAGACGAGGAAACACGAGAGAAUAUCGAGUCAUUGAUGGUCUAUAUACUUUUAAGAGCUUGCUUGUUUAUGAAACAAUGUGGAUACCAGGAGAGAGCAUUUGCAGUGAUCCAAGCGUCUGUCGAAUUCAAUUUAUAUCAGCCUCAGCUAUUCAAUAUGACAUCGAGCAGAUAUGAGGAUAAACUGAACGCAUUUGCAGAUUUCUGGGAUAAUGAAGUACUUCGAUUUGGUGAAGCAGGAGCUCUUGGGUGGCAAGAGUACUACCGUGCUAGUAAUAAUGGAGAGGAUAUUCCUGAACCUGUUUUUGAAAAGAAGGCUUACGAUGAGCAAGACGAGAUAAUGACACUACAUGACUGGUAUAAUUUGGAAAAAACAAGUGAAAACAAUGAUCGUUUACCGCUUCGCAUGAGCCAAGUGGAUGAUGAUAACGUAGACGAAGAUCCAUAUCGUAUCACGCUUUCAGAUGAUAUCAAGCCGUUUUUGUUCAAUAUUACAACCACGGGUGCCCGUUACAGCUUGAUUUAUAGUAUCCUAGUCUUUUUAGGACUACCCUACACACCGCCCGAUGUCGGAACAAAUACACAUUUUUUCACUGAUACAUUUACACAUAAUGAUUUGACUUUGGAUCAUUUCUGGCCGGCCAAGGGAAGUUCAAUGAAGCAUUUGGUAUGGUAUGUGUCUGGUGUGCCAAUGAAUCCCGAACAAACCAUUGAAAUCACCAACCCUUAUUAUAUACCAAAUUCUUUUCCCGUUGGGCUAUCUGAAAUGUUUGCUAAAUCAGGCACAUGGUUCAAAUCUUCAGGAAAAGAAUUUAUCCACAACAAACCAGAUGAAGAAUUUACCAGUAAACUAAACAAAGGCUGUUUUCAUAGAAAUGCGUUUGAACAAUUGUUAUCUAUCGAGAAAUCCGAGCAUUUGAGGAUUUGCUAUCUAUCAUUUGAAUCAAGCUGUGGAUAUAAAUUGGGUCGCCGAUUGGCAAAGAGUUGGUUGAAGGAUCAGCGAACCAGUCUCACUCUGUGGAAUGCCUUUGCGCAAUUAGAGAAAAGUCACGAUAGAAUAGAUGAAGUAAUUAUGAUUGUACACGCUCGAAAAGUCUAUUUGACUGCAUUGGCCGUGUGUCAUACAUUUCCAGAAUGUGAUCGAAUGGCUGUACCCUUGUUAUAUUUUAUGUUUGCAAAGCUUGAAAUGGAAAACAAUCGUCCUAACGAAGCACUGAAAAUUCUAACUUCGAUGUCAGAUAAUAAGCCAUACAAUGAAGAUGCGCCACCACCCACCACACUUUCAAUCUUAAAAACAAGAGAGUAUUUCUCUCAACAGUUAGCCCAGUUGUCCACUUUAUCAGAAUCUGAUACGGAGAGAAAAGCAGCAUUUUACAGUGUCGGAUGUGCAGGCUUAUUUGAAUACUUAUCAAGCGGUCUAGAGAGUGCAUGUUUAAUUUAUGAGCAUGCGCUUGAUUAUAUUAAGGCACGUCAAGCAGAGCGAGGAUAUGAGUCCGAAAUCAUUUGGAUUGAAUAUGCUGCACUACUCUACCGACAUUCAACUAACAGGGAUGUGGGAGGGUAUAGACCAACUAUUUUGCGUGAUGCGAUGGAACGUGCGUUAAAACUGUUUCCCAACAAUACCAUCUUUUUGUCGUUUUAUAUUUGGAAUGAAUCUAAAACAAAGAUUCAUAAUAGGGUACAUCAACUUUUGAAUAGAACACUUAAACAAGAUUCGAACGUGAUUUUAUGGCUGUCUGCUAUUUAUAGUGAAUUACAUAGAUACAAACCAUUUCAAGUAAACUCAGUGCGGGAUUUCUUUGAAAGAGCCGUGUCAGAUACAAGGACGAAAUCCUCCAUCAUUCUGUGGAAGUUCUAUAUUCAAUUCGAAGCACAGCAAGGAAAUACAGAGAGAGCCUACAACUUGUUUUAUAGGUCGAUUCGUGAAUGUCCUUGGUCAAAAGAACUUUAUCUUAUUGGAAUUCAAGCGUUUGAAAAGACAAUGAAACAAUCCGAAAAGAAUGAAUUGGUUAGUCUGAUGAUGGAAAAAGAAAUCAGACUUCGACACCCAAUUGAGGAUGAUUUAUUGGCUUAG